UUCUCUUCUGUUUUAUUAUGUGUCGUGUCUAAUUUUAACUUCAGUAGGCACGUUAAUUCUGUGGGGUUGGAUUUGAAAAUAGGUCGAUAGAUUAAGAGCUUUACUAUCCGGGCAUAGGCUUCCUUAAGCCCCUACUUUAGAAGGUAAUUUCUUUAGACAGAGCAACAUAGCAUCAGCUACAGUACCUAGCAAAUUGUACAGUCGUUGAGCAGCAGGUUCAUUCAUCAAGCAAAUAUGGAGUGGGCUAAUCAAUUAUGCGAGAACCGGCAAUUUGGAUCCAAGAUGACGGACUCUAAGUAUUUCACCACUACCAAGAAAGGAGAGAUCUUUGAGCUGAAAGCUGAGCUGAACAGCGAUAAGAAGGAGAAGAAGAAGGAGGCUGUGAAGAAGGUCAUUGCCUCCAUGACCGUUGGGAAGGAUGUCAGUGCCCUGUUUCCAGACGUGGUGAACUGCAUGCAGACUGACAACCUUGAGCUGAAGAAGCUGGUCUACCUGUACCUGAUGAACUAUGCCAAGAGCCAGCCCGACAUGGCCAUCAUGGCUGUCAACACCUUCGUCAAGGACUGUGAGGACCCUAACCCCCUGAUCCGGGCCCUGGCUGUGCGUACUAUGGGCUGCAUCCGCGUGGACAAGAUCACUGAGUACCUGUGUGAGCCUCUGAGGAAGUGUCUGAAGGACGAGGACCCCUACGUGAGGAAGACUGCAGCCGUGUGCGUCGCCAAGCUCCAUGACAUCAACGCCCAGCUGGUGGAGGACCAGGGUUUCCUGGAUACCCUCAAGGACCUCAUCUCUGACUCCAACCCCAUGGUGGUAGCGAAUGCCGUGGCAGCCCUGUCUGAGAUUGCAGAGUCCCACCCCAACAGCAACCUGCUGGACCUGAACCCCCAGUCCAUCAACAAGCUGCUGACGGCCCUCAACGAGUGCACCGAGUGGGGCCAGAUCUUCAUCCUGGACUGCCUGGCCAACUACACCCCUCGCGACGACCGCGAGUCCCAGAGUAUCUGUGAGCGGGUGACCCCCCGUCUGUCCCAUGCCAACUCUGCGGUGGUGCUGUCAGCGGUCAAGGUGCUGAUGAAGUUCAUGGAGAUGCUUCCUAAGGACCUGGACUACUAUGGCACCCUGCUGAAGAAGCUGGCCCCACCCCUGGUCACCCUGCUGUCUGCAGAGCCUGAGCUGCAGUAUGUGGCCCUGAGGAACAUCAACCUCAUCGUGCAGAAACGCCCAGAGAUCCUGAAGCAUGAGAUGAAGGUGUUCUUUGUGAAGUACAAUGACCCCAUCUAUGUCAAGCUGGAGAAACUGGACAUCAUGAUCCGCCUGGCAUCUCAAGCCAACAUCGCCCAGGUGCUGGCAGAGCUGAAGGAGUAUGCCACUGAGGUGGAUGUGGACUUUGUGCGGAAGGCAGUCCGAGCCAUCGGCCGCUGUGCCAUCAAAGUGGAGCAAUCAGCUGAGCGCUGUGUGAGCACCCUGCUGGACCUCAUCCAGACCAAGGUCAACUAUGUGGUGCAGGAGGCCAUCGUGGUCAUCAAGGACAUCUUCCGCAAGUACCCCAACAAGUAUGAGAGUGUGAUCGCCACGCUGUGUGAGAACCUGGACUCUCUGGACGAGCCGGAGGCGCGGGCGGCCAUGAUCUGGAUCGUAGGAGAGUACGCUGAGAGGAUUGACAACGCUGACGAGCUGCUGGAGAGCUUCCUGGAGGGCUUCCACGACGAGAGCACCCAGGUGCAGCUGCAGCUGCUGACAGCCAUAGUGAAGCUGUUCCUGAAGAAACCCACUGAGACCCAGGAGCUGGUGCAGCAGGUGCUCAGCCUGGCCACACAGGACUCUGACAAUCCGGACCUGCGAGACCGUGGCUAUAUCUACUGGCGCCUGCUCUCCACUGACCCUGUGGCUGCCAAGGAGGUGGUGCUGGCCGAGAAGCCCCUGAUCUCGGAGGAGACAGACCUGAUUGAGCCCACCCUGCUGGAGGAGCUCAUCUGCCACAUUGGCACGCUGGCUUCCGUCUACCACAAACCCCCCAGCGCCUUCGUGGAGGGCAGCCGCGGUGUGAUGCACAGGAGGCUCCCCGCCCGCACUGGGUCAGGAGAGAGUACUGAGAGCCCAGACGUGGGCACUGCUGCUGGGGGCUCUGCCCCUGAGGCUGCACCCUCUAUCAUCCCCUCCCAGGGGGACCUCCUGGGGGACCUGCUCAACCUGGACAUUGCACCCUCCACCACCACCGGCCCCCCACCACCCACCACCGGCAUGCAGAUGGGGGGCAUGGACCUCCUGGGUGGAGGUCUGGACAGCCUGAUGGGGGAUGAGUCUGAACCGCCCCAUGUUCCCCCGCGGAUGGACACUCCUCGGUCUCCGUCACCUCAGCCCCCGUCACCAGUGUACACCCACACUGACUACACCUACACUGACUACAGUCACACUGACAGCCCUCCUGACCACAGCCCUACUGAGCACAGCCCCCCUGCAGAGCUUGGAGGAGAUAUUGGUGGGAGUCCUGCGAUGGGGGCAGGUUUUGGGGUGGCUCCUGCUGUAAUGCCAGCCUCGCUUAACGCCCCUGUGGGGGGUGGCCUAGGAGACCUGUUUGACCUGGGAGGUGGGGUUGGCAUGCCGAUGGGAGCAUACAUUCCUCCCAAAACAGUGUGGCUCCCGGCCAUGAAGGCUAAAGGUCUGGAGAUUUCUGGGACCUUCGCUCGGCGUGCUGGAGUCAUCCAGAUGGAGCUGAUCCUCACCAACAAGGCCAUGAGCGUCAUGACCGACUUCGCCAUCCAGUUCAACAGGAACAGUUUUGGCCUGGCCCCUGCCGGCCCUCUCCAGGUCCUCACCCCUCUCGGCCCAAACCAGACCAUUGAAGUCAGCCUCCCCCUCAGCACUGUUGGGCCAGUCAUGAAGAUGGAGCCUCUCAACAACCUGCAGGUGGCUGUGAAGAACAACAUUGACGUCUUCUACUUCAGCUGCCAAUACCCCAUCAGCAUGCUGUUUGUGGAAGAUGGAAAGAUGGAGCGUCAGGUGUUCCUGGCCACAUGGAAAGACAUUCCUAACGACAACGAGUCUCAGUUCCAGAUCAAAGACUGUCAUCUCAACUCAGAUGCAGCCAGCAACAAGCUGCAGGGCAGUAACAUCUUCACCAUAGCCAAGCGCACGGUGGAGGGCCAGGACAUGCUCUACAUGUCCAUCAAACUGUCCAACGGCAUCUGGGUGCUGGCUGAACUGAGGGUGCAGGCUGGAAACCCCAACUACACGAUCUCUCUGAAGUGCAGAGCCCCAGAGGUGUCCCAGUGUGUGUUCCAGUGCUAUGAGGCAGUGCUGAAGAACUGAACCCCUCACAGGGCUGAAGUAGGGGGGCAACCUGAGUCAUGGAGAUUGGAGACUGGACCUGACUGGAGGGAGCUCCUGGACCCCCAACCCCCCUGACCCUCUCCUCUUCUCCUCCUGACCUACAGGCUUCUGAAAGGCCCUUUCCUUGUAGAAUCUCCAACCCUGCUGUCUGUCUGUGUGCCCUCCCUGGGGACCCUGGUUUCGAUCUGUUCUCUCUCGGUCAAGCAUUAACCCUCCACUCUACAAGUCCUUAUCUGAUUCAAACUCUGUCAAUCUCUGUUUUCAAGACUGCUGAAGUCUCUGGCCCACAUGGUCCCAAAGCUUUCUAUAGACCAAUCCUUUCACUCACGUCAAUAGAAUGGUCUUUGUGUCUUCUUCACCUUGAACAUGGUUUUGUUUCCCAUAACCCACAAAGUCUAGUCUGUCUUCAAUGACAAUGAGACAUCACCACCCAGUCAGAUCUCCCUUGCAUUAUGGCCUAACUCCAGUCCAACCCCUGCUGAUCUGAUUCAGUCCACCCUCCUCCCAUGAGCCUCUAGUCUGGGGCACACCUGGGAGGGGUGUUCAGCCAGUGCUGUUGGAGGAGACUGAAGCUGUGAUGCGAUGGACUUGCUCCUUGUGACGGUUUCUCCAUAUCUCCCCCCAAUGUCUCUUCUCUUUGCAUGAUUAUCUCGCCUCGCGUCUCUGCAAAUUAGUACCUAUAUUUAGUGUGUGUAAUCAGCAGUUCAAUCUCCACUGUCGGCAUACCUUUCGGUGCUUCACAUUAAAAUGUGACAGUACAGACACAAUUUUCCCCCACAUCUCGGGGCUGUGAAGCACCUCCUGUGUUCCUGUUCUGUCACCUCACUCACCCCUCAGCCCCCCCUCUCAAUGUCUCCACUGUUUCUCUCUCUCACUCACCUCACUCACUCACUCACUCACACACACACACACACACACACACACACACACACACACACACACACACUCUUCCUUUUUAUUUUAAAGGGACUGUGAUGUCCCAGCUAGUAAGAUAUACUAAAUGUUUUGGAACACACCAUGUCCCAUAUGUGUUUAGUUUGUUGUUUGCCCUUCUUGAUGUUCCCAUUGGGCUUGGUUGUUGUUGUUGUACUGAAUCUCUGCUGUCUCUUGGAGCAGGUCUCUCUCUCCCAUGUAUGUGUGUUGGAGUGCCUGUGUGCUAUUUGUUAUUAGAGAGGGUUGGAGAAACAUCUAAGGCUACAUUUACACAGGCAGCCCAAUUCAGAUAUUUUGCCCAAUUAUUUGCGAAAGAUCUGAUCUGAUUCUUCAAAAGACCAAUUAUUGCAAAAUAAAUCAGAAUUGGGCUGCCUAUGUAAACUCAGCCAUAUACGCCUCACUACUACAUACACUACCUUUCUCUCCCUAAUUAUUAGCGCCUUUCCUCUUUUAAAGUCAUUCCAUUAUGUAUUCCCGGGUUUGUGUUUGCAGUGUAAUUACAGUUUAACUCUGGGCGGGCGAGGGCCACAGAUGUUUGUGGAUGUUGUUUCUGCUGUGUGCUCUCUGUCAAUCACGGCUGCUUGGGCUCCCUGCCAGGUUGUUGCUUUCUCCUCCUCCCCUCUUAGUUGGUCAAGUACCUCUGCCAUCUGUCAUAGAGGCUUUAAACCACCUGUAUGUUCUAUACUUGACCUGUAUAGGAAACUAACUUUAGAGGUAGCCCAAAUCAUGAAAUCUUUUGUAUAAAGAAAAUCUGAACAACUCAACUUCACCAUUCUGUUUUACCUAGUCUCUUUGGAAAAUGAAUUGGAUAUUUCAACUUGAGUCAUUGAAUCAGAACCCUCUGGAACAGCUCCAUAGUGAACACAUGCACACUUUCGCUACUUGGAGAUGAGUGGAUUUACUUGGUCUGUGUGGUGAAAACUGACUCGUGUGUAUGUGAUGAGAAGCUGUAAAAUAGCUGGUGAAGGAGAAUUCUGAUGUUUCUUGAUUGACUGUGUGUACAUCAUUUGAAACAGACGUAUUAAAAAAUCUGAUAUAUUCACAAA